GAAUUUGAUGGUGUUGAAUGACAUCUUGCUCUGUGUAAUUGAGACAUCAAGCAUGACCUUUUUCAGUCUGUUCAUGCCAAGUGCUUUAGCCACCCAUAGUAACUGAUCCUCUUGGUUUUUAGAGUGAUUUUCAUGGCUACUGUGUUCUCAAGAAGGGUUUCUUUUACUUUAUAAUUGUUCCAAACUGCAAGAACCAUGAUGCUGGCAAUACAGCUAGAUACCCAGAGCGCUUAGACCGAAGACUCAAUGCUGCUUCAUGAACAAGGGAAUGAGUUUAUGUCAAACCAGGCAAAAGCAGUUAUUAAAACUACUGACGGUUGUUUGCAGCUUCAGUUUGGCCCCAACCAACUUUCACAUUCAGCGGCUGUAUCAGAAGGGUCAAGCCUUCAGGAUUGUUCUACACAUCAAACAGAUCACAGCCAGGAGGAACCAUCAAAUCCAGAUAGCUACAAAUCCAAGAGUAAAAACAAUUCUUGUUUUAUGUGGGCGUCCAAGAGAAACAGAGCUGUCAGCAUGCCAGUGGGUCAGCCGAGAGUAUCAGACUCCUCUCUGAAAUUUAAGUCACCCCAUAAUUGCCAGGGAUUGUCUCAGAGAUAUAAACUUCAACCAAGAGUUAUUAGAGUAACAGCUUACAAAAAUGGAUAUGGAACAGUCUUUGCCAAAAUUACUGUGCCAACCAUCGCCUUGGAGUAUACAGAUAAGCUGAGUCUGAACAUGGCCGCAUAACGCGUCUUCUUGGCAGAUGGCACAGAAGUCCUCAAACUGGAAGAUAGAGCCCAUGAAGCCAACGUUUGUGCUGCAACAGGACAGCCUGUUUUAGAUCCAUUCAAAAAAAAUUAAAGCCAAGUCCAGAACAACCACAACAACAUCUCGGCUUUGUCUGCACAUCUUUGGCUGUGUUUCACUGUGACAUGUACUGCUGUUCCUUUAGCACCAAAAUGUUGGCACACACUCCUGAAAAUUUCACACCAUCUCUUGCUGGAUCAGCAAGCUUAACCCACCAAAAUCUGGUGUUGUGCAAUGGUUUUUGACUGAUAAUCAAUCUUUACGCUGCUCGACAGUUGUUACUGGGACACGGAGCAGAGCAGGUGGCAGAUGUGUCUUGUCUUUUGAGAGAAGAAAUUCUAGGUGAGCUUGGACACAGACUAGCAUAUCAUGUGUCUGUUACAAAGACACAGGAUAAGUGUAAUGAGGGAAAGCCACCAUCUAAUUAUGGUCACAGAUAAGCCUAAACACUGACAAUUGCUCACCUUCAAAAUGUUGAGAACAUAAAUGUUAAGUAUAUGUGUGUAUGCAUGCCCACACACAUAUGCGGGGUGAUGCUUAACUUGUAGAUAUACUGCAAAAAUAAAGCAUGUCUGAAUGACUCUGAAGACAGAA